CUGCCAAGUAACCAAUUAUUAAUAUUAACGAUACUUUCGAAAUAGUUUUUACGUUUGCCAACCUAUGGGUGUAAACAGUAUGAGUGCAUAAGAAUGGAUGUUAACAUCGGUCGUACAUAGUACCAGACAUGGUGCACCUGAUGGCAGAUUCAUAGAUUUAAUAAGUGAUUCGUUGUUUGUUUCCGAGGUUACAAGCACAAAUAUUACAUAGAACCUGGUAAACAUGCAGAGAUAGUCGUAUGAUACAUGUGUACCGGUGUUCUUGCAUGUUGGCUGUUUUUACAUGAUGGCAGGGGCUUUAGGAAGAAUAUUUUCCACACUAUUUCUUACUUCUAAGAGAUGCAAGCAACCAUUAGGCCUAUACACAGUCAGUUCAAAAACAGGACGUAUGUUUAAGAGCACAUAUCAGGCCGCUGUUCUUCAAGAAUUAAAAAAACAUUUAGUAUUAGACGACCAGAAACAGAAGAAGCUUCAGAAGGAUGAAGUUCGUAUCAAAGUAAAAUGUUGCAGUGUUAAUGCUUCGGACAUUAUGAUAUGUCAUGGGUUAUAUGAAAUUGCUCCAAAACUUCCUUUUAUUCCUGGCUAUGAAGUGAGUGGUGAAAUUUUGGAAGUUGGUUCAAAAGCUGCUGAAGGACUUAAAGUUGGAGAUAAAAUAGUUGGUCUUAACAAAGAUCUCUUUUCUGGGUUUGCAGAAGAGUGUGUUCUGUCUUCAUUGGAUGUGUGGCAGCUGCCGUCUGCAGUGAGUUUUGAAACUGCUGUUGCAUUGGCAGAUUCAUAUUCAACAGCUCUUAUUGGCCUUGUUCGACGUGGAAAAUUGAAGGAAACUGAUACUGUCUUGAUCACAGCAGCAGCUGGUGGCUUGGGUCUUGCAGCUGUUGAUAUUGCAGCCAAUGUAUAUAGAUCAAAGGUAAUUGCAGUGUGCGACACAGAAGAUAAAGCAGCUUUGCUUAGAGAAAGAGGUGCUUGGGCUGCUCUGACAAAUGUUCCCAAGGAAAUUCAUAAGAAGUGUGCAGAAGUAACAGACGGAAAAGGAGUCAGACUCAUAUUUGAAUCUGUGGGAAGUGAAAUUUUUCAUAGUGUUCUAAAAUGUGUCGCUGCUGAAGGUGUUGUGAUAGUAGCGGGUUCUGCAUCAAGGCUAGUUCCUGAGAUUAAAACUGGUGAAUUGUUGCCCAUGUCUUUUAGUCUUAUCGGUGUGUCUCUUCGGAACUAUCGAAGAACCAGUCCUCACAUUUACAGGCAGAUUGUUCAAGAUGCAAUUGACAUGGCAGAUCAGAGGCUUGUAAGUCCAGUAAUUACAAAGACGUUUUCCCUGAAGAAAGUAAAUGAAGCUAUGCAGUUUGUUUUGGACAAGAAAUCUACUGGGAAAGUAAUAAUCACAAUGGAAGAUCAUGAUUAAUACAGUUAUAACAGAUUUGAAGAAUAUAAAAUAAGUAAACAAACAAAUAUUAACACUAUAAAAAGACACUAUUGCCAUACACAUUUCAACCUCAAGAGGUCAUCAUCAGUGGCAUCAGGGAAAUUAAUUCAUCUAAUCAAAUGGUUUAAACUGGAUUUAGAAAUAAAUAAGGUGUUUCACAAAAGUAUGUCAAGCGAUACUGCACUAGAUGUUGUUAUUCACAGGAGUUGAACUCUGCACUUAGCUAUUGAUCCAGUGGUUCGGUGGCCGUAGCUGGUCUCGGCGAGCUGUAGUUGCGGUGUCCGUACCUAUGAACUCCAGAUUAUUUCUAAAUCCAGUUUAAACCAUUUGAUUAGAUGAAUUAAUUUCCCUGAUGCCACUGAUGAUGACCUCUUGAGGUUGAAAUGCAUAUGGCAAUAGUGUCUUUUUAUAGUGUUAAUAGUUGUUUGUUUACUUAUUUUAUAUUCUAAUACACUACACCGUAUGCAAAGUAUUAAGAUUUGAAGAAGAUCAAUUUUUUUAAUAUGUAUUUGUAUACUGUGUUUACAUGAUUUUGUAAAUAGAAUUUCUGUGAUAGGCAUGUAGUAAUAGAUGGAGAUGUAAUUAUAGACUUGAAAUAGGUCUAGCGUAUGUUAAAAGAAAUGUGAUUAUUUUUCUCGUAUGCAUCUCAGACCUGUUUUAUGACAGUGUACUGUGAAACAGGGCAUAAAAGAGUUACAGAUGUUUCUAAUUUA